AUGAUUCAAGAGGUUCCGCCUUGCACAUGUGGUUCUACAGCCAAGAUCAAGAAGUAUGUUGAAGAACAAAGACUUAUUCAACUACUUAUGGGAUUAAACGAAUCUUACAAGUCAAUUCGUGGUCAGAUCUUGAUGAUGAAUCCUCUUCCUAGCAUUGCUACGAAUCUCCAAUGCACUCAUUGCAAGAAGUAUGGUCAUGUCAAAGUAACCUGUAACAGAAUCAAUGGUUUUCCAUCUUAUUUUAAAUUUACUAAAUCCAAGAGACAAGAUUCUACUGCUCACAAUGUUAUUGACAAUUCUACCCCUGGUGGAGGAUCUGGUGGUUUAGACAAAGCUUCCAUUGAAAACUCUACAAUUUCUAAUGAGCAGUAUCAACAAUUGAUGCAGUUAAUGAGUAAUCUCAACAACAAUUUCAACAAAUCUGUCAAUUCUAUGAUAACUGAUGGUGCUAUGGACAAUUCAGGUAAAUUUCUUUAUUCCAAGGGAAAGCAUGUUUCAUAUGUUUUCAAUGUUGUUAAUAACAACAAUAAACAACAAUCUUCUUGGAUCAUUGACUCAGGGACUACUGAUCAUAUUUGUUGUGAUCAAAAUCUAUUCUCUUCAAUUCAUACAUUCAGUCAUUCUCAUUUCCUUAGUUUACCUAAUGGUCAAUCCAUUCCUAUCACCCAAUCUGGGAAAGUUCCUAUUCAUGAGAAUAUUACUCUUAAUGAUGUUCUAUAUGUUCCUCAGCUCAAAAAUAAUCUUAUAUCUUUCACUAAGGUCACAUCUCAGUUGAAAGUUUGGAUUCUUUUCACUGAUGAGUUUUGUGCCAUGCAUGCCCCUUUGUUGAAGAGUAGCUUGAUCAUUGGAAAAAGAAUUAGUGAUCUCUAUAUUCGUGAAUAUAAGCUUCUCAAACAACCAUCAACACCUCAAUUUCAUUCUUGUCUUUCAUGUAAUAAAAUCAAUGUUCUAAAUUAUUGGCACAAUAGAUUAGGACAUUUGCCAUGCAAUAAUAGAGAUAAAUUCAUGCCAAGAUCCAAAUCUUGUGUCUUUAUUGGAUAUCCUUGUGGACAAAAAGGGUAUAAAGUUCUUGAUUUACAGAAAAAAGCCAUUUCAGUUUCAAGAGAUGUGAAGUUUAUUGAAGAUGUUUUCCCUCUCCAUCGAAUGUCAAGUUUUAAUAAUCAACCAAGAUAUUUUCCUAUUCUUGUUUCAGACAAUGAUAUCUUUGAUAGUUCUGGUGAUGUUUCCAAACAGAUUCAAGAGCCUCAAGAAAAUGACAAUAUUACCCCUGAUCAAUCACAACAAUCAGAAGAUAUUCAUGAUCCUAAUGUUGUUGAUCCAAUUCAACCUAGAAGAACUUAA